GAGAGAGAGAGAGAGAGGCAGGCGUACAGAGGGAAUUUGAUCGACGGCCGUAGGCCCGAAACCCUAUUUCUCUUUGCCGAUGAGGACUAGGAAUCCCUCUUUUUUGUUUAAUUGAUAUUUUGAUAUUGAUUUUCACUGAUUGUGUUGAAUGUCUAUAUGCACAUUGGUGAUUAUACUCGAAUUUAUUUGAUCAAUUAAUUGAAUAAUUAUAGAGUGGAUUCUCUUGAUACUGAGUGGGAUUUCGUUUUUGCGGCUCUGAUUUUGGAAUUGUCAUGUCGGCUGAUUCUCUUACCGAUGAUCGCUGGCCGCGUUAUAAGGCGACCAGCGAUACUAAUUCCGGCGGCGGAGGCGGCGGCAUAAACAGCCAACAGUCACGAAGGGUUGGUCCCGCUUCGAAGUGGGCGUCAGUUGUUCGUGGAGAUUCUGAACCAAUCUCGUCUCCUACAGCCACCUCAGUGGCUGCCGAUAUUUGUCAUUCUUCAUCGCCACCGCCGCCUACCGCCGCUGCCACAGAGCAGUCGGCUUUUGAGAAGGAUUCAAAGGAGAAUUUGGGACUGGAGACCCAGCUCGAGAGCUCUGAUGCUAACAACGACGGCAAUGCAGGCAGCCCGAAGAGGCCCGCUUGGAACAAGCCCAUAAACGGCGUGGUUGAUCUGGGGUCUGUUAUGGGCGGUGCCGUCUCCUGGCCUGCGCUCUCUGAAUCUGUUCGGCCUGUUCCGAGAUCAUCGGAUUCUUCGAGACCCUAUUCCAACGGAUCACCAUCUUCUUCUCAGAGACAAACUAACAGUCAUGCUAAUGCAAAUAUUAUUGCAAACCAUACAAUGCCAUCUGGAAAAAGGCCAAUGGGAUAUCGAGGCCGAGGUGGUGGUGCUAUCUCUCCUAGGAACAGCCCCUCUCAAGCUGGCUUUAGUUCCCCAUCUUCCCUGAUGCUACCCCCUGUUCUGCCACCAUAUACCUCGUUUGACAUGCCCUAUGCAACUGUGGUACCACCUGUAAUGGAUACUCAUGGUAGAGGCAUGAGGCCAAUGGGAGGACUCCGAGGAUCUCAAUCACAUAUCAGCAAUGACCAUUCUCCACACAGGAAUAAUUCAAGAAGGGGUAAUUUUGGACAACGCGGCCGUGGAGAUGGGCCACAUUAUAACAAUCAUGGAGGCAGGCGUGAUCAAGAUCGUAGAGAUGGUCGCCUUCCCCAUCAAUAUAUUCAUCCUCCCAUAGGGUUUUUUCCACACCCACCAUCCCCUGUCAAUGCCACGUUGAUUAGGCAUCCACCGGUGAGACCUUUUGUAGACCCUGUGGGUUCUGAUAUUGCAUCUCAAGUAAUCUAUUAUCCAACACUGCAUCUGGAGCCGUUUAGGGCUAUGCCACUUGUGCCUCCACCACCACCUCUACCAACUAUGCUCGUUCCUGCAGUGGUGGAUACCCUUCCCACUUCAAUUAUUCAGCAAAUAGACUACUAUUUCAGUGAUGAUAAUCUGGAAAGGGAUUAUUUUUUGAGGGGAAAAAUGGAUGCGGAGGGCUGGGUGGCAAUUUCUUUAGUAGCUACCUUCCCUAGAGUGCAGAUAUUGACUCACAAUAUUCAGCUGAUUUUGGAUUCUUUGAGAGCUUCAACAGUCGUGGAAGUUCAGGGUGACAAGAUAAGGAAGCGUUAUGAGUGGAAGAAAUGGUUGCUAACUUCUGAUCGAGUUAACGCAGAUUCUGUCUCACAAGCAUCAGCUGAAAAGUUUAUGGCUACAUCCUUGCAGAAUGUCUCAUUGAAUGAUGCAUCGACCAAUGUUGAAACAAGUGUUGUCAAGGAUUUGACUGGCCAAUCCAUGUUGGCUGCCGGAGAGGGUACAACAGACAUUAAUUCAACCAACAUGUGAUAAAUUAUUCUGCAAAGAAAGAUUGCAUCUUAGUUAAGUUUACAGGGACGGCUGGAGAAAGAUUAAUUGUCAAAAACAGGAGAAAUUCAAGAAUUUCGGAGCUUACAUUGACUUUUUAUACAACUUAAAACCGGUGGUUUGUUUUUGGAAGGCUCUGCAGAGAAAGAUAUUGAGUUGACCAAGAAAGAAAAACAAAAAUGUAUAGCAAUUAUUGCUUAGAGAGUAGCCUCUGCUUGAUUUUGUGAUAUACAUGCUGUGCUCUCUCUAUUUUGAUAUUCUCCGAUUUUCGGUUUUUUUUCUUUUUAUUUUAUGACUUAGUUUACUUUCACUUUGCUACUUAUAUAGGUAUUUUUGUAUACUAAAACCUCUUGGGACUUCAUUCGUGAAGGUUUUGUUGUCAUUUAUUUGAAUUUCAGUGUAGGAUAAUUUUGUCUUGGGAUGUG